AUCAACUGCUACCCAGUACCUCUCUGGCAACUGCCCCCAAUCGCAACAGUCGCGCGAGUGAAGCUUUACACGCUUUUCCCCUUCCAAUUCGGUCCAGGGCCGGAUUUCAAUCUGGCUUCCACCCUCUACAGGGCGUCGCCCAUCGACCCGGCUCUCAAACCCGGCUCCUCCCCAGAAGAAGGUGACUUUCCUUACGACUUGUCGGUCGAAACUUCUACACGCCAACCAUCCAGUGGAUCCGCGCCGUUUUCCACCAACCUACCCGAUAUCAAGAGUGUGACCAAGUUUGGUUCGAUAGAUAGUGACGGGUACCCAGGCUCUUCUGUGAGCACAUCGCUUCCAGGAUUGGCCGCUCUUGCCUCAGUUGCUUCAGCACCAACCUCUAAUCUUCGGUUCGUCGAGACCCCGUGA